UUUACCAUCUCCUCUAAUCCUGAGAUCCUUUCUAUCCUUUUUUAAAAAAAAAAUAAUAAUCUUUGUUUAUCUCCUUCGAUUCGUCUGCUCUGCUCAUGGAUUUGCGAGAUUCAUCAUCUUCAUCGCCUCCGAAUCGAGAUGGUUCCACCGCCGGAGACGACGACGCCGUCCUCUCCGUCACCUCCGCCCUCGCUAAAGACGCAUCCAUUUACUUUCAGUCUAGGAAGUUCACCGAGUGCGUCGAUGUCUUGAAUCACCUCAAGUCGAAGAAAGAAAACGAUCCCAAGGUUCUUCAUAAUAUUGCAAUUGCGGAGUUUUUUCGGGAUGGUUGCUCAGACCCAAAUAAGUUGCUUGAAUUCCUUAACAAUGUCAAGAAGGGAAGUGAGGAGCUUGCUCUUGCUUCUGGGGAACAGGUGGAGUCUGGUAGCAGUUUCGGAAAUAAAGUUACUUCAGGUUCAAAAGGAAGUGGUGGUACAAAUAGUGCCAGUAUUAUUUACAGAGAUGAAUUUGAUACGUCUGUGGCUUCUCUAAACAUGGCAAUCAUUUGGUUCCACCUUCAUGAAUAUGCAAAGGCCUUAUCAAUUCUUGAACCUCUUUACCAAAACAUUGAACCGAUAGAUGAGACAACAGCUCUUCAUAUCUGCCACUUGUUGCUGGAUGUUGUGCUGGCUUGCCAUGAUGCUUCAAAAUCUGCUGAUGUGUUGAAUUAUUUGGAAAAAGCAUUUGGCGUUGCCAAUGUGAGCCAAGGGGAAAAUGGUAACACAGCUGCGCAACAAUCCUUAAAUGUAGUUGGAAAAUCAGCCUCAGAUCCAAACAGCUCACUGGUCUCAGAUGUUUCUUGUUCAGACUUAACUGCUAGUGUAAAUGCCUCCUAUAGUCCUCUAUCAAGAACUUUAUCGGAGGAUCGACUGGAUGAAAUGUUUUCUACACUGGAUAUCGGAGGACAGAACUUAGCUAGACGUGCUGGUCUUACAUCUGCAAAUGAUCUAAGCAGGGUCGCAGUUGAUAGAUCUAUCUCUGGUGUUGAUCUGAAGCUCAUGUUGCAACUUUACAAGGUUCGGUUUUUGCUUCUCACUAGAAAUGUAAAGCUGGCAAAGCGUGAAAUCAAGCAUGCAAUGAACAUUGCUCGAGGAAGAGAUUCGUCUAUGGCUCUAUUCUUGAAGGCCCAGCUUGAGUAUACUCGUGGGAACCAUCGGAAAGCUAUCAAGUUGUUAAUGGCAUCAAAUAACCAGACAGAUGCAGCAAUGUCAAGCAUGUUUAACAACAAUCUAGGCUGCAUUUACUAUCAACUUGGAAAGUAUCAUACAUCUGCAGUGUUCUUUUCCAAGGCAUUGAGUAAUUGUUCAUCUCUUCGGAAAGAGAACCAUCUAAAGCUAUUAACAUUCUCACAGGAUAAAUCUCUCCACAUAAUUUAUAACUGUGGGUUGCAGCACUUGGCCUGUGGGAAACCACUACUUGCCGCUCGUUGUUUCCAGAAGGCGAGUCUAGUUUUCUACAAUAGACCCCUCUUAUGGCUUCGACUCACGGAAUGUUGUCUAAUGGCUGCAGAGAAAGGACUUGUGAAAGGAAGCUCAGGUCCAUCAGACAGAUCAGAAAUUCGAGUCAGCGUUAUAGGAAAGGGUAGGUGGAGGAAACUUUUAAUUGAAAAUGGAAUUUCAAGAAACGGACAUGUAGAUUCUGUUGAAAAGGAGGAUUGGGCUUUAGGGGAUGGGCAGCCUAAGCUUUCAUCCCUUGCUAGGCAGUGCCUCUAUAAUGCACUGCACUUGUUGAACCGUUCCGAGUUGAGUAAUUCAAAGUCUGUUUUACCCUCCAACUUAUCCUUGGAGGAGAAUGAAUCAAGUGAUGGUGCAUCUUCCAAGAACUCAAACCAUAAGAACUUACCUGGCGUCGAUUCCAAGGCUUCAACUAUGUCAGCAGCAUUAAUUAACUCAUGGGAUUUGAAAGAGCCAAAGGGGGGAACUAAUCAGGAGAGUAUUCAGAAUUCCAUCUCCUAUUAUGAAGAUAUUUGCAGAAGAGAAAAUCAGAUGAUUAAGCAAGCUCUACUUGCUAACCUGGCAUAUGUGGAGUUAGAACUGGAAAAUGCUUUGAAGGCGCUCUCUGCAGCUCGAUCUCUCUUAGAGCUACCAGGUUGUUCAAGAAUUUACGUCUUUCUAGGUCAUGUCUAUGUGGCAGAGGCUCUCUGUUCGCUAAACAAACCUAAGGAAGCCGCGGAGCACUUGUCUGUGUAUUUGUCUGGGGAAAGUAAUGUCGAAUUACCAUUUAGUCAUUCAGAAUGUGAGCGGUGGCGACUGGAAAAUGAUUGUGAAGAAGCAAACGGAGGAGCAGCAGCAGCUGCCAAGAACCCUCCCCCCGAGGGCUCACAGGAUUUCAUGUUUCUCAAGCCGGAAGAGGCACGUGGAACGCUUUACGCAAAUCUUGCUGCGGUGUCUGCAAUACAAGGCGACCUUGACAUUGCCCACCGUUUUGUGACGCAAGCAUUAUCCCUGAUACCCAACAGCAGCGAAGCCACUAUGACUGCGAUAUACAUAGAUCUCAUGCUCGGUAAGUCGCAAGAAGCUGUGUCGAAGCUAAAACAUUGUAGUUAUGUCAGGUUCCUACCCAGCAGUCAACAAUUCAUCGAACCCUCCUCGUGAUUGUGGGGAUGGUUUUUCUAUUUCAAUCCAGAGCAGCCCGCACCAUUCAGUUGCUAGUUAGCAGGUAGACCAGCAAUCCUUUUUAAAGGAUUUGUAUCAUAUAAAAUAUAGUUCAAUUCAGAUAAUCAAGUUUUUUUUUUCAUAAUCCCCCAUACCUAGGGUUCAUUUUUCAGUGGUGUGGCUGAUUGUUUUGGUAAAAAGAGCUGAUGCCCCACCUGUGAGAAUUUGAGAUGUAGGGUUAAUCAAUUGUGUUUUAGUGGCUAAUCCUUUCCUUCAGAGGUAAUGACGUAAUGCGCUUUUUAUUCA